AAAGCAUUCAUCAAUCGGCCAGCCCUUGGUGCUUUCCCUGGAACAGAUUGGACAGACCGACUUCAGAACAGUCUCAUGGCAGUAGCACCAACUGGCCUUCGCAAUCUGUGUACCAUGGCCUGUGGGUCAUGCAGUAAUGAAAAUGCCUUCAAAGCAAUCUACAUUUGGUACCGUACCAAGGAACGAGGUGGUGAUACAAACUUCACUAAAGAGGAGAUGGAGAGUUGUAUGCUUAACAAGACACCAGGAUCUCCACCCUAUACUAUGCUAUCAUUUUCUGGUGCAUUCCAGCAGAACCAUGGAUGUCUUUCAGCAACCCGUUCAAAAGCCAUCCAUAAGAUUGACAUCCCUGCUUUGGAUUGGCCAAUGGCAAGAUUCCCGUACAAAUAUCCUUUGGAAGAUUAUGUACAUGAGAACCAGCAGGAAGAUGCAAAAUGUCUGGAAGAAACAGAAGAUCUUAUUCACAAAUAUAAUGCUGCUGGCAAGCCAGUUGCAGCUAUACUGGUAGAGCCCAUACAAGCAGAGGGAGGUGAUAAUCAUGCAUCUCCAGAGUUUUUCCAGGGAUUACAGCAAAUUGGCAAAAGGACAGGUGCAGCACUCUUGAUAGAUGAAGUACAAACUGGUGGUCCCACUGGAAAGAUGUGGUGCCAUGAGCACUUUGACCUUCCAGGCCCUGAUAUUGUUACAUUCAGUAAGAAGAUGCUAACUGGAGGAUAUUACUUCAAAGAAGAAUUCAACUUUCUCUUUCAUAGUGAAGAAUAUAACUUAUCCAGAUCAAUAGAAAACCAUGUGCAUAUCAACAGCCUAUUAGAAGUGACCACCUCAGGCUAUCGUAUUUACAACACCUGGAUGGGUGAUCCUUCAAAGGUGAUCAUGCUGGAGGAGGUCAUCAGAUUUAUCCAGCGUGACCGUCUUCUAGAAAAUGUUAAUGAAUCAGGAGAUAUACUCAUGAACAUUGUAAACAAAUUAAAACUACAAGUCAAAUACAUUUUACGGAAUUCAUUCCGGGGAUGUGGAGAUAAAUCAGUGCGUCUUCGUCCUGCCCUCAUCUUCCAACCUCAUCACGCCAAUAUUUUCCUCAAUAAGCUUGAGACAGUUCUCUCAAAUCUGUAAAAGACUGAAGACAUUUUAAAUCCAUUCUUCAACAAUGUACAUCUAGUUUGCAUAAGUCUGAUACAGAUUACUAAAUUUGCUCCUAGGCAUGAAAGAGAGAUGUACAGAUAAUCUGCAGACACAUAU